AGUAAUUUUCUUGAAAUGUCUAGGUUUUUGGAUUGAAGGUUAAAUUCCAGUUUUGUGUGUGUGUGUGUGCGUCGGAAAUGUCGGAUUUCGAUGACGACUUCAACGUCGCGGACGAUGAAGACUAUGAUUUGGAAUAUAGCGAAGACAGCAAUUCGGAGCCAGAUGUAGAUCUGGAGAAUCAGUAUUACAGUAGCAAGAGUCUCAAAGAAGACGAGCCGCUGAACGCGUUGCAAAGUUUUUCACGCGUAUUGGAGCUCGAAGCAGCAAAUGGAGAUAAAGGCGAAUGGGGGUUCAAGGCUCUCAAGCAGAUGAUCAAGAUCCAUUCGAAACUGGGGAAUUACGAAGAGAUGAUGACGAGGUACAAACAGCUGCUUACUUACAUGAAAUCUGCAGUUACGCGAAAUUACAGCGAGAAAUCAAUCAACUCCAUUUUGGAUAAUAUCUCCACGUCCAAAAAUAUGGAGUUGUUGCAGAAUUUUUACGAAACGACGCUAGAUGCAUUGAAGGAUGCAAAGAAUGAUCGCUUGUGGUUCAAGACGAGUACGAAACUUGGCAAGCUUUACUUCGAUCUGGAGGAAUUUGGAAAGCUUGCCGCUGUGUUGAAACAGCUUCACCAGUCUUGUCUAACUGAUGAUGGGGAAGACGAUCUAAAAAAAGGAACCCAGCUACUCGAGAUUUACGCGUUGGAAAUUCAAAUGUGUACAGCUCAGAAGAACAACAAGCGGCUAAAGGCGCUGUAUGAACAAUCAUUACACAUAAAAUCAGCCAUACCUCAUCCACUCAUUAUGGGUGUAAUUCGAGAGUGCGGGGGUAAGAUGCAUUUGCGGGAGGGUGAAUUCGAAAAGGCGCAUACCGACUUUUUCGAAGCAUUCAAAAAUUACGACGAAUCUGGAAGUCCAAGGAGAACCACAUGUUUGAAAUAUCUCGUGCUAGCGAACAUGUUGAUGAAAUCGGGGAUUAAUCCAUUCGACAGUCAAGAGGCGAAACCGUAUCGAAAUGAUCCUGAUAUCCUCGCCAUGACGAACUUGGUCAACUCUUAUCAAAAUAAUAAUAUCACCGAGUUUGAAGCGAUUUUGAGGAAAAACAAGAAAAACAUCAUGGAUGAUCCCUUCAUCCGGGAACACAUAGAAGAGUUGUUGAAAAAUAUCAGAACGAAAGUCCUCGUGGAGCUCAUUCAACCGUAUACUCGAAUCCAAAUCCCGUUCAUAUCCAGGGAGCUGAAAAUAGAACCCGCGGAAGUUGAAAGUCUUCUCGUGUCUUGUAUCCUUGACAACGUGAUCACUGGUCAAAUCGAUCAGAUAAAUCAAGUUCUGGAACUGGAGCCUUCUUUCCAAGGUGACGUGCGGUACAAAGCUUUGCAGUCUUGGAGCACGAACGUGGGCACGGUUCAGCAGGCAGUUGUCAACAAAAUGUGAUGGUUUGGAAGACUGAACUCAAGAAAAUGUCCUCCACGGAAAUGUUCGUCAGAUGGCUUUUCGCAAGUGUGAACCAGUUGCAAUUGCCCUUGGGAACUGCAAUGACUUGAGGAUGAAGAACAAGGUGUCGAAAGUCAUUCGUGUUAACUGUUCGCUCGCUUCUCGCUGUUGCGCUUCAGUGUCAAUUGAAGCCGAAAAGAAAAAGAAUGCAGCCGUUUUUGCGUACAAAUUACUCCUUCAUUUUUCUAAUCAUGGAUUUUGAUUUUUACGUCGUUGUUCGUGAUUUCGCUAUCGAAGGCGCGUUCUUUAUGUGUGUGUGGUAUUGAUGAGAUUUCUCAGUUAUUUUGAACAAAAGCCACGUUUUAUGACGGACCUUGAUUUUGUUGGUGGCGCUUCGAGGAUGGAAGUCUGCUCCAGGAGAAAU